GCAACAAACACUCAUUUCCAAAAAUGGUAAACGUUUUGCUGCAGACUUGCUUAUUUAUGAUACAGUUACUAUAUAUGUGUCUUUAUAUACCGAUCCUUCACUCAAAUUUCUGGAUCUGGUAAAAAAAAACGCAACCCUUUUCUUACAUAGCUUCGAGACGAUAUUUUUAAAAACAUACAUAUAUAAAUAUACUGAGUGUAUUCAGUCCAUAUACAUAUAUUUUUUUUUACCUGUGUUCUCUGACCGCUUUAAGAUAAGUGUAUUUUAUCUGUGUAAAACUUAAUCCAUCACCGUUAUGGCUGGAAGUGUACGAGCACCUGUUGUUUUUGUUAUAAGUUCUUUAAACGAGCUAGCUGUCGUUGCAAGGAAAUGUUUGCCUGCAGCCAAUAUCACUAGUAUUACUCCAGUACAACCAGGAGAAAUUUCACAUCAAGACGAGACGAAAGUUCUGCAUUCAGCUGAAGUAUUAUUUGCAGAUUUACCAUUUAUCUCUAAAUACAUCUAUAAAGCAGAAAAGCUUAAAUGGGCACACAGUACCUGGGCAGGAGUAGAAACGAUAAUGCGUCAUAUAGACAUCGAAAAGCCUCCUCGGGUUUUCUUAAGUCAAGGAGGGACAGCGUUCACAGAUUUGAUGGCUGAAUAUGUUCUUGGAUAUAUCUUAGCUAAAGAGAAAAAUAUUUUUGGCAUGUACGAAGAUCAGAAAAACAAAGAUUGGAAACCGGAGGAAUAUAAGAAUCCAAGACUACUCUCAAACCUAAGACUCGGUAUUCUUGGUGCAGGACAAAUCGGGACCAGAAUUGGAACAUUCUGUAAAGCCGUUGGAAUGGAAGUCUGGGGAAUGACCAGGGAAGCCAGAAACAAUCCAGAUCUACCUUUAGAUGUUUACAAGACCACCAAGGACCUCCCAGAAAUAUUACAGAACUGUGACUAUAUAUGUAGUGUACUGCCAACCACUCCUGAUACCAAAGAUCUUCUGUCUGGAGAUAUUCUCAAGCAUUGUAUGAAAAAGAAGUCAGUAUUUAUAAAUGUCGGAAGAGGAACUGUUAUUAAUGAAGAUAGUUUGGUCACUGCUUUAAGGAAUGAAUGGAUUGGUGGUGCUAUUUUAGACGUUUUUAACACCGAACCCUUAUCUGUAGACAGUCCUUUGUGGUCAUUCCGUAACGUGAUCAUUACACCACAUAUAUCAGGACCUUGCCAGACUCAACUAGUCGUCCAGACCUUUGUUGAAAAUUACAAUAAAUUUGUCAACAAUGAAACACUUGGUAGUUUAGUGGACUGGAAUGGAGGUUACUGAUUCUACAUCAUGUGUUUAAACGACAGGGAAAUAUAAUCUAGACGAUUGCAAUAUAACUGUGAUUUCGAAAAAAUGAAUUUACUUUUUACAAAACAUACUUUAAGUUUGCAUUAGUUUUCAAUAUAUGCAAUGAAAAUAAAGCUAAUAUUAUAGGAGUUAAAAAUUGAAACAUGUGUAACGACAUCUAAUAAAAUAUUCUGCUUGAA